GAAAGAGAUGAGGUACCGAAACAAGGUAGCGCGAGCGCGAGUGAUAAAGGAGGAUGAGCCAGCCAAAGAAACAUCCGCACCGUAGUUUCACAUCGUCUCAGUCCAUGUUUAUGAGAAGUAACGUUGGAAGUAAAACGAGAAAUUCCUCAUUUCAGGCGUCGGAGCUCACGUCGGCGAUAAGCCUAUGAAUUACCACCGUUGAAGCUUAGCAGCCGUAAUCUCAGGAGAGGACAGGGACGUGAUGGUAAAACCCGGAGAGUGUACCAAGUCAGAUGUUUUGCUCUGUUUUCUUAUGUCUCCUGAAGCAACGGUGGUGAUGAUGAAGCUCCGUCUGAAGAUGCCUGUCACCACGGAGCAGAAAUUGUCCCACUCUCGGCGAUAAAUCUUUGUAAUAGUUGUCGUUUAAUGGCUCGCUGGACGUCUUCAGUCAAUUACCAGACAUGAAAAAGUGGGAUUCAUUAACGAUAGUUUGUUGAAUUCGAGAAGCGGAUGUUUAGUUAAAAAAGACACCAGCUAUCACUAGUUUGUAAGCUAACGCUAAAUGGCUAAACCCUGUUUAUUAUUAAACAGCCAGCAGCGGGAAAACGCAUUCUGCCUUUUGAUAUUUGUUUUUGUUGGUUUAAUAGGUUCGACUCGAACCUAAUUGUGUUAUAAAUCAGGCUCCCUCUGCUGUCAGUCUAACGCGGUAAUCCUGGGUGAGCGAGGUGAUUGGUUUUCAUAGAGCUAACGGUAGCCGCGACUAGCACCGGGGGUGCUGUGCUGUUGUCGGUCAUCAUGCUUGCACCGACAGGUUGUGCUCCCACGAAUCCAGUCAGCGGGAUGUACCCAAGGGCAUAACAACACACCGAGUCAUGUCGGACUGAAAACAGCUGAGUGGCUCCACUGGCCGGUUGUGAAUCAACAGCGAUCAGAGCGGCUUUAUUUAGAGAGAGAGCGGAUCGACAGCAGCUAACCGCAUACAAGGCACCACCAACGGGAUCGUUUUCGAGUCAACUUGGCAUCGGAACUCAGCAGAAAUGGGUGAGCAGCCCAUCUUUAGCACGCGUGCCCACGUCUUCCAGAUCGACCCAAGCACCAAGAAGAACUGGGUUCCCACGAGUAAGCACGCCGUCACCGUCUCCUACUUCUUCGACAGCACCAGGAAUGUUUAUCGGAUCAUCAGUCUGGAUGGGUCUAAGGCCAUUAUAAACAGCACCAUCACCCCCAACAUGACGUUCACCAAGACGUCACAGAAGUUUGGCCAGUGGGCCGACAGCCGAGCCAACACUGUCUACGGGCUCGGCUUCUCAUCCGAGAGCCACCUGGCCAAGUUUGCAGAGAAAUUCGCCGAGUUCAAGGAAGCUGCACGGUUAGCAAAAGAGAAGUCUCAGGAGAAGAUGGAGCUCACCAGCACCCCCUCUCAGGAGUCUGCUCCAGGUGAUCUGCAGUCACCUUUGACCUCUGAGAGCAUCAAUGGUACAGACGAGAACAGAGUCCCCCCAGGAACGCCUCAGCACACCAAGGCCAGAGCAGAGCCUUCCCAGAAUGCUUUGCCCCUCUCUCACAGUUCUUCCAGCAUCAGCAAGCACUGGGAGGCUGAGCUGGCGGCGCUGAAGGGGAACAACGCCAAACUGACGGCAGCUCUGCUCGAGUCCACGGCCAACGUUAAACAGUGGAAGCAGCAGCUGGCAGCCUACCAGGAAGAGGCAGAGAGGCUACACAAACGGGUGACGGAGCUGGAGUGUGUGAGCGGCCAGGCGACGGUGAUCAAAUCUCAGAAAACAGAACUCAACAGAACAAUAGAAGAGCUGGAGAUGGCUUUAAAGGCCAAAGAAGUGGAGCUGGAGAGUCUUAAACUGGAGGUGGAGAACGCCGAAGAGCUCAGGUUUCAGAAAGACACCCUCACACACAGACUAAAGGACACAGAAUCAAAGAACCAGACUCUGGAGGCGCAGCUGAGCGACCUGCAGCAGCGUCUGAAGAGCACCCAGCUGGAGAGGGAGGCCUAUCAGAAGAGCCUGCGCUCUCUCCUGGAGCUGCUGGACAGCAAGAUCUUUGAGCUGACCGAGCUGCGUGACACGCUGGCCAAGCUGAUCGAGGGAAGCUAGAGGGACCAAAGGCACCCUCGCCUCCCCAUCACCACCUCCUGCAUCAGCAGCCGGCACUCACAGGGCUGCUCGAGAGACGACGGCACUCACAUCAUCACCACUUGAGUUUACACUCGACUUCAAGCAUCAGCGGAACACGAACUUUGCUUCGUCAACACUCGGAUUGUUUACAAACAGCCAAGUGAAGCCUUCCUCCUCCCCGCUCCAGUCUGGAAAACCGUCUCUUCUCUUUUUCUUUUCAUCGUGAAAACACUAAAGACGAUCGUUACACUUUAACCCGUUUCUUUUUUUACACGGUUCAUUAAAACCACCGUAAUCAGCCAAACUAACCCCUCCCCUAUGAGACAGGUAGGUGUGUGUGUGUUUUGAGGUAAAAGAGGAGCUGCCACACGAGGACGCCAGCAUAUUUGAUCUUUUACAAUCAAUGAGCAAUACAAGGAUGGUUUCUAAACACUUUCCAGUCUCGCUCUCAGGUAUCGAAGAGCUCCCGCUAAGUGGAUCAAACCGCCGAGGCGGGAUUUAACUCAGCAAACUCUUGUUUUUUUAGGAGAAAAAACUUCCUAGUGCACUCAUUAGUGUGUGUGAGUCAGAUGUUUUGAAGUGUGACUCCUUUAAUUCUUUUUGUUUAUUUAUUACAGAAGUUAUGAAAAAAAAGUUGUUCAAAAGCAAAAUAUCUUGAUUUACGUGUUUUGACUUGAUUUUUUUUCUUAUCGUGCGGUACGCGUUUUAAGUUUUGGAAAAUGGCAAUUUUCCUGAGCGAAGUGGUCGGAUGUGCAGAGAACCGUUUUGUUUCUUUUGCCAAAUGCUGUUUUUUUUCUGUACAGAUACAAACUUUAGCUGAUGUUGCCUUUGGCACAGAGAUGCAUCCACGGUAGCUAACUGGUGGUACGUUUGUUUAUUUUUCUUUUCGUGGGAUUAACUAUUGCCAAAAAUUAGAGAACACGCUGCGAUGAGUACGUGUGAAGAGCACGAUUGAAGGGCUUGUUGCUGGUUUGGGUACACUUAAAGGAGAUUAUCACAGUAAAUUAUGAAAUUAUUGCAGAAAAAAAGGAUUUCAAUAAAAAAAAUUGUAAUUUUGAGUUUAUAAUAAAAAUAUAAGAAAUUU